AUUGAUUCAGUUUCAAUGUUGACCAGGAAGUGCGCAAUUCUCUGUAUUUUAUUGCCUUUGCUGAGGGCAACUUUCGUCCUAGCAUCGGAGUCAUGCCAUUAUUGUCGCGGCAUCAACUGCCAAAGGAGCAGUUACGAGGCCACAGAACAAUGCGUGGAUCAGCUAGAUGCAUGCGUUAGUGUAUUUGAAGGAGGUGUGGUCAAAGCACAGGGCUGUCUGGAGCGAUUAGAAACCAGCUGGAGAGAGCCUUGCGAAAGCAGAAACCACACCCGUAUACAAUGUGAAAUAUGCGUAACCGAAAAGUGCAACAAUGUGAGUGCGCGACAGCUGUCUUGUUUGCAGUGCACUGAUACGGAGGAUGAACAUUGCCGUACCGCUCCGGAGCAGCUAGCACCACAAGCCUGUGGAAUAGCACGCAGUGGUCGCAGCCUUUGCUAUGCGAGCAUCAAGGAACAACGAGUUAAAAGAGGUUGCUCCCUGACCUUGUCAGAGCAGCGCACUUGCCUGGCCGAUGCCAAUUGCCAGCUGUGUGAUCCUUUGGAAAUAUCGCAUUGCAAUUAUCAGCUGCUGGAGGACACUGCAGUGACAACUGAGCCACCAGUCGACAUUACAUCAUCCACUUCUAGUUCCACUUCCACCUCCACUUCUACGUCAACCAGCAGCAGCACCACCACUACUUCUUCAACUGCCUCGUCUCCUACAACGCAGUCCACUAUCCCGCCCACCAUUCCACCGACUGACCCACCAACCCCAUCGCCCCAGCCCGACAGCGCUCAGAGCUUGUAUACUAAAAACAUUCCAAUUUUGCUGCUCGCUUUGCAGUUGGUUAUGUAUUUUUAUGCCCCCAAUAAAUAAAAGUUCGGAAAAAACGUUGGACUAAGUUAAACGGCUCUGGGUUCCCACGACCUUCCCUCAACAAUAUAACUAAUACUAAUCUAAUAAUCAUUAACCGAUUGUUAAUGUUCAUAAAUAACGAUAAAGCACUCAGUUAUAAGCAUAAAUAUAUCUGUACUGAAAUGGCUUCUAAUGCUUCGCACAUAGCCAGUCAAAGUC